UACAGUUCAUUAGUGAGCAGCAACACUGUUUUAACACUAUUACUUGUUAUAUUUAUAACUUAUCUCACACACAUCUUCAUUGUUACAUAGAACCUUUGCAGUUCGUUGUUUAACUCCUCGUCCUCCGAUGAAAUCUGACGCACUUCUCCAUGAGUGGCAUCACUGUGUUUGCUGCCACCACAAAAGCUUCACUUUGUUUCAGCACGACCAUCGGCUGGUGCCGGUUGUUCUUCCAGUCCCUGAACCAACAUGUGGAGCACAAGCAAAGCCGGUUCUAGUGGGAGUUUGACCCGUUUUGAGUGAUUUUAAGACAGAAAUGAUCCAAGUAGCGCCUCUCAGGCGGCGGAGUAGGUGAAGUCUGGAGGCUCCACAGACGCAACGCAGCGGCCGAGAGAGCUGCACGUGAGCUGGAUGUGAGGACGAGCGUUCCCGCUGCCGGUUCCGUUCAUCGCCCGCCUCCAGUGGGUCUCUUUCGGCGAAUUUGUUCGGUUUUAUCGGUGCGGAGAAAACACAAGUGUCCCGUUGUCACCGCGCCCAGAGGAGCCCAGACCGAUUGAGUCUCCACGGUUCUCAUGUUGUGUUUAAGGGCCGCCUCCUGCGCGGGAUUGUCCACACUCUGACUCUUGUAGUGAGAAGAACGCUGUUAAACUCAAAAUGGCAGAAGAAGCUCCAGCUGCAGCACCGGCCGCUGCUCCGGCCAAAGCCGCUAAGAAGAAGGUCUCCAAGCCCAAGAGGAGCGGCCCCAGCGUGGGCGAGCUCAUCGUGAAAGCCGUGACUAACUGCAAGGAGCGGCACGGCAUGUCCACCGCCGCCCUAAAGAAGGCGCUGGCUGCCGGCGGCUACGACGUGGAGAAGAACAAGGCUCGGGUCAGGAUCGCCAUCAAGAACCUGGUGAGCAAGGAAGUCCUGACUCAGACCAAGGGAGUCGGCGCGUCGGGCUCCUUCAAGCUCAACAAGAAGACCGACAGCAAGCCCAAGAAGCCGGCGGCCAAGAAGCCCGCUCCCAAAGCCAAGAAGCCCGCAGCCAAGAAGCCCGCAGCCGCCAAAAAGCCCAAAGCGGCGGCGGCAAAGAAGCCGGCGGCCGCUAAGAAGUCCCCGAAGAAAGUAAAGAAGCCCGCAGCGGCCAAGAAGGCGGCCAAGAGCCCCAAGAAGGCGGCAGCAAAGAGCCCGAAGAAGGUGGUGAAGAAGGCGCCUGCCGCCAAGAAGGCUCCCGCCGCUAAGAAGGCUCCGGCCAAGAAGGCGGCGAAGCCCAAAGCCAAGAAGACGGCGGCCAAGAAGAAUUUCCCGUUCAUCGCUGUUCUUUAAAACCUACAUCCAGGCCUUUGAGCCUGAAGCAAAGCUGCUGCUCUGUAACAGUCAGUUACAGGCUGUUGCUGAGUGAAUCAUGGCCGCUGCUCAGCUGUAACAGCUCCAUGAGCUCCGACUGGGACUGAGUUCCCACGCUCAUCAGCCAGCGGGUGUCUCUGCUUUUCCUUAGGAGCUUCUUGUGCUGAACAUUUCUCAUGACUUCUGUCUGUGAAGUAGCUCCAUGGAGUCUAGUGCUCUGUACUUUUAAAAAACAGUUCUCUUUUGGUGACUUCCAGAGUUUUCAGGGAAUCAUCACUAUGUCACAUGUUUUAACAGGGUGUGUUGUAAUUUAAACAAGUUCAUGGUUUUACUGUAUUGUUUUACACAUUUCAAUCAUUACAUGACGCUACAAUAGCUACUUGCUGGGGGACAGAGGGUUCCCUAUAUAAUGACACCCUACCCUGAACCUGGACCACAGACACGGUUCAACCGGGCCACAGCAGAACACGGGCCACGGUCAGUCCAGAGAGGGCAUGUGACAAUAAAGUGGAUUGUGUUGUCCUUCACCACCCUUCUUGUCCUGAUGAAGAUGAGGAUCCAGUAGUGAACCAAGUAGACCACAGAGAUUGAAGACACAUGAUUUGUGAGAAUCACUUUUAUUAAGGUUUCUGCACCGAAGCACUCAUCAUUUCAUCAUGUCCUGAAACAUGUGUAGCCUUUUUAAUGGCCAGUCUCUUCUUACACUUACAUACAUACUGUGUUUUCUGGAGGGUCCAAUAAUAUAAUCCGUCCAUUAGUGACUGCAAGACAAUGCAACCCAGAAGAUGAAUGUGAAAUAAAGUCAGAGUACUACAACAUUUCAGAAGCCUGUGGAGUUAAAUAAAACA